UUAUAAACCCACGCAGAGUUCCACACUCUUCCAAGUUCAAACAUUCUCCCGUCUCUGCGCCCUUCGCUGCAUUCUUCUACCAUGGCUUUGCCGAAUCAGCAAACCGUUGAUUAUCCCAGCUUCAAGCUCGUAAUCGUUGGUGAUGGUGGAACUGGCAAGACGACAUUCGUGAAGAGGCAUCUAACUGGAGAAUUUGAGAAGAAAUAUGAACCUACCAUUGGGGUUGAAGUCCAUCCCUUGGAUUUUUUCACAAACUGUGGGAAGAUUCGAUUCUACUGCUGGGAUACUGCUGGACAAGAGAAAUUUGGUGGCCUCAGAGAUGGAUAUUAUAUCCAUGGGCAAUGUGCGAUUAUCAUGUUUGAUGUGACUGCACGGCUGACAUACAAAAAUGUCCCAACUUGGCAUCGUGAUCUUUGCCGGGUCUGUGAAAACAUCCCAAUCGUUCUUUGUGGUAACAAGGUUGAUGUAAAGAACAGGCAGGUGAAGGCAAAGCAAGUUACUUUCCACAGGAAGAAGAAUUUGCAGUACUAUGAGAUUUCAGCAAAGAGUAACUACAAUUUUGAGAAGCCUUUCCUGUACCUUGCUAGGAAACUAGCUGGUGAUCCCAACUUGCACUUUGUAGAAUCUCCUGCCUUGGCUCCCCCUGAAGUUCAGAUUGAUCUAGCUGCACAACAACAGCAUGAGGCAGAGCUUGCUCAAGCUGCUAUUCAGCCCCUUCCUGACGACGAUGACGAUGCAUUCGAGUAAAAUUACAUUCAAUACUGCAGAGCAGAUUUUCAAGACUUAGCGUCUGUGGAACUUUCUCCGUACAUUCUGCUAUUUGUGUAUUCAAAGAUAUAUGCCUUUUUGGGUUUGUACCAAUGAUAAUUUGAAAUUUGAGUAUGUGAAAUUUAUUGCAUAUUAUAUUCCCCUCCUAGCAAUUGGAUGUCAAUGGCCGUUUAGUAGCUGGACCUCGCGAUCGCCUGAACUUGUUCUGUUGUGGGGAACACGUGCAGGGAGGGAUCGAUAAAGGAUCGAAUAUGCUCUCGAUCAGAUGACUGUAUAUUUGAUACAAUCAAGGAUCGAAUAUUUGUUU